AAAGCUUAACUGCUAAAAGAGCAGUAAGCAGCCUUUGGAGCCCAUUUCCAUCCCCAACACACCACAACCAUCCCCCUUCGUCUUCUUCUCCUCUUCCUUUUUUCCUUUUUGCUAUUUGACGUCUGCGUGAUCCUUUGAUGCAAUACAUCACUCAAACAUCUAUCGCUUUCCCCAAAUCCUUUCAACAAUCGAUGAAGAUUGUGAUUUCUCCUAGAAAAAUCUCCUACUCCGCACAAUAAUCGAGAAAAAUGCCAGUGUUUCUUUCUUCAGAUUCAUCACCCAUGGGCACAGUUUAGAUCGAACGAAACGUUUUACUUAGAAUUCCUAACACCGAACAUCAUCAUUUCUCACCGGUUUUUUUCUGGAUCCAGCCACUUGUUCUAUCCCUUUCAUUUCAUCCGUUUCGGAAACGUUCACUUCAUGUGGUCCUUUUCAAUGAUUUGAAUCAACUUGCACUUGAGAUUUGGAUCUCUCCUUUCUCUCUAUAGAAUCGUAUUCACGAAGGUCUCUUCGUUAUCGCAUUCAAAAAGGAAGAAAACGAGAGAGAUGGCGGAUUUUAUGUUCGUUCUGAAGAACUUUCUGUUAGUGUCUCUGGCGAUGAAUAUGUGUUUGAUUUGGAAAAUAAACUACGAUGAUGAAGAAACCCUAUCAUCGAAAUGGAGUAGCUGGGGAAAUCUACAGCAGAAGUUCCAUUUUCAUGGCUCCUGUUUUAAUGGUGAGAAAAACAACGGAAGAGUGGAGGAGGCGCAGGUUAGCAGCAAGAGGACAGAGAUUCUGGCAACGACGUCGUAUGUUGCAUCUACUGUGGUUCCAGAUGGCGGGGAGAGUGUUGUCAUCAAUCUUGACCAUGGUGACCCGACGAUGUAUGAAAAUUUUUGGAAGCAAAAAGGUGAAGAAACAAGGGUUGUGACUUCCGGUUGGCAGCACAUAAGUUAUUUUUCAGAUGUUAAAAAUGUUUGCUGGUUUUUGGAGCCGGAGCUUGUGACUGCAGUCACCAGGUUGCACAAAGUGGUCGGCAAUGCCGUCACGGAGGGCCGCCACAUGGUGGUUGGAACCGGCUCUUCACAACUUUACCAGGCGGCAAUUUUUGCUCUCUCACCUCACAAUGCUUCCACCCCCAUGAAUGUUGUGUCUGCUGCUCCAUUUUAUUCGUCGUACCCAUUGAUGACAGACUACUUGAAAUCAGGGCUACACAAAUGGGCAGGAGACGCUCAUAAGUUCAACAAAGAAGAACCCUACAUCGAACUAAUCACUUCUCCCAAUAACCCUGAUGGAUCUUCAAGACAAGAUGUAGUCAAAGGCCAUAAAGGGAUUCUAAUUCAUGAUCUCGCUUACUAUUGGCCUCAAUAUACACCCAUUUUAUCACCUCCACCUGAUUACGAUAUCAUGCUCUUCACUGUCUCCAAAUCAACGGGUCAUGCCGGUUCCCGAAUCGGAUGGGCGCUUGUGAAAGAUAGAGAGGUCGCUAAAAAGAUGACGACAUUUAUAGAGAUCAACACGAUUGGUGUGUCUAAAGAUUCACAGAUUCGAGCAGCAAAGAUUUUGCAAGCUGUGUCUAAUAGUUGUGAUAUUGAUGAUGAUGAUGAUGAUGAAUCUUUCUUUGAUUAUAGCUACAACCUCAUGGAAAAAAGAUGGAAGAAAAUUAGAGAAGCUGUUGAUAAAACUCGUCUUUUUAGUUUGCCGGAUUUUUCAUCGGAGACAUGUUCUUUCAGUGGUCGGACUUUUGGACAGCUCCCUGCUUUUGCUUGGUUGAAGUGUGAGGGAGAUGUGGAUGAUUGUGAAAGUUUUCUUCGAAAGAAUAAGAUAUACACGAGAGGUGGGAAGCAUUUUGGGGCAAGUAUGAAGUAUGUGAGGAUCAGCAUGCUGUGUCGAGAUAGUGAAUUUGAGGUUUUCACUGAAAGGUUGCCUACAAUUGUCUCCUGAAAAAAAAAAAGUUAUGUUUUUGUUUUGCAAGAUGAUAUGCGGAAUUUAGGGUUAGUUGUAGGUAUGUGUAAAAGAAG